CAUGUUUUGCAUGUUCUAAAAUAUCUGUUGGAUGUUCUAGUUGUGAUAAUAAAACAUGUUUUGCAUGUUUACCACCGCGUUUUUUAGAUGAAAAUUAAUGUUUAAUGGACUGUCCUGUAGGUAAAUGGGGAAAUACAGUAAAUAGAUAAUGUACAGCUUGUUUAGAAAAAUGUGAAACUUGUUCUAAUAAUAAUACUUGUGACACUUGCUUUCAGAAUAGAGUUCCUUAAUAAUGUAAUUCUUGUUUUGCAUGUUCUAAAAUAUCUGUUGGAUGUUCUAGUUGUGAUAAUAAAACAUGUUUUGCAUGUUUACCACCGCGUUUUUUAGAUGAAAAUUAAUGUUUAAUGGACUGUCCUGUAGGUAAAUGGGGAAAUACAGUAAAUAGAUAAUGUACAGCUUGUUUAGAAAAAUGUGAAACUUGUUCUAAUAAUAAUACUUGUGACACUUGCUUUCAGAAUAGAGUUCCUUAAUAAUGUAAUUCUUGUUUUGCAUGUUCUAAAAUAUCUGUUGGAUGUUCUAGUUGUGAUAAUAAAACAUGUUUUGCAUGUUUACCGCCGCGUUUUCUAGAUGAAAAUUCAUGUUUAAUGGCCUGUCCUGUAGGCAAAUGGGGAAAUACGGCAAAUAGAUAAUGUACAGCUUGUUUAGAAAAAUGUGAAACUUGUUCUAAUAAUAAUACUUGUGACACUUGCUUUCAGAAUAGAGUUCCUUAAUAAUGUAAUUGUCCUUAAUAUUCUUAUGAUACUAACGUUUUCAAUUAAGCAUGUACUAUGUGUUCUACGUUUUAAACCGGAUGUGCUACAUGCAGUGCAACUGAAUGUCUUACAUGUAUAACUCCUUAUUAUUUUUAAUUAAACUCAAACGGAUAAUGUGAUUCAUGUUUAACUAUAAUGACUAAAAUGUAUUUUAGUGAUGAUCUAUUGUAUUUAAUUAUAGAUUUUGGUCAUUAUUUUACUAAUUUAUAAGUUCAACUAAUUCUCUAUAAUUUAGAUUUAUAAAAUUAUUCUUCUUAAAUAUAAUUUACUAAUUAACUUUGCAUAGAAACAUUGGAUUAAGCUUUUAUUUCUUUUAAAUUAUAAGGAAAUAUUUUGUGUUCUUUUGAUAAAUAUUUAAAAACACUUACAGUUAAACUUGAUUCUGUAAGUACUGUUAAUAAGGAUGAUAUAAUAAAAAUAAAACCUAGUGUAUUCAAAAUAACAAACAAUGGAUUUGAAUGCCCUCAUUUUCUUUAAUAAAUAACUGGAAAAGUAAUCUUAGACACAAGCCCAGUUAUAGAGUUAACUUAAACAAGUCCUGUUUCGAUAUGUUAAUAAGCAUAAAUAAGAAUAUCUAGUGUUUCUAAUUGUGGAAAUAGAAAAUUAAAAUAAAUUACUUGGACUCUUAUUUCUUCUAAUGUAAAUACGGCAAAUGAAAUAAAUGAAAUAAAUAUCUAAAUCUAAUAAUAUAAUAACCAAUUAUAUUUAGAAAUACGACCUUUAUUACUGAAAAAAUAAGGGUAAUACUAAUUCUAAGUAACUGUAACUACAUUUUUUAACCAAGCAGCAACUGCAAACGCAAUAAUAUAAACUUUAGCAGACACUUCGAUAGACAUAAGGGUAAAAUAAAAUCCGAGUUAAAUCUAUAGAAGUAGUUUAGUGAAUGUAAGUUUGAAUUUUGAUAUUUUGUAAUGUGAAGAUGAUAGAAAAAUAUUUUAUAAUUAAGAAAAUGUUUAUGAAGUAUAAAUAAAAUAACAUGAUAAUUUAACUGAAUAAUUAAACAUUGAUUUCACAUAAUAAAUUUAAGGAACUUAAUUUUAAUUUUAAAUAAAACCUUUUAUUAUGAAAGUGAGUACAACAUAUAAUAUAUAAAUUAUUGCUUCUUUAAAAUCUGAUACUAAAAUUACUCAAUAAAUAUUAUUCCCAGUAUAAGUUCUUUCUAAUCCUCCUUUAGUUUAAAUUUUAGGAGGAAAUAGAUAAUAAUUAUUUUCUUAAAAUUUUGAUAUACAAGCAAUAGUAGAUGAUCCUAAUUUAUCCCCAAGUGAAAAAGAUUUAUUAAAAUCAACAAAUUAUGGAAUAAAUAUAAAAUGGUAAUGUAUCAACCUCAAUACUGGAAACGACUGUAAAGAUGCAUAAAAUAAUUUAAUUGUUUCUCCAAUUAAAUAAAACUUAUAAAUUAGCAUAUAAAAGAAUAUUUUAAAGGCUUAUUAAUAAUAUUAAUUUAAAUUAUCAGGAACAAAAGAUGGAGUAACCGCGUCUGAUUAGAUAACAAUAUUAAUGGUUGAUUAUUCGGUUCCUCCUGUUAAUCCUACUAUUUCUAUAAAUAAUACUUAAAAUACAAUAAAUUUAAAUUAAGAAAUAUUUAUUUAAUUUGAUUGUCAAGAAGAUACAAAUGUUGAUGACUUAAUAAUUACAGGAGUUAUUUUAUAUUAGAAAAAAUAAGUAAGUAUAAUAUCAAUAAUUACAUUUAAUUAAGAUUUAAAGUUUGGGAAUUAUUCUUUGACUUUUAAAAUUAAAAUUAAUUUGAAUUAAAAUUUUCAGUAAGAAAUCCGAAUUUUAUAAUACCAAAAUUAAUUUCUUAUUCUUUAAAUGCUAACAUACCUCCCAAAUAUUGUGUUUUUGAUUAAACUACAGGCUUUGAAGUUAGAAAUAUGUAAGACAAAUAAAUUCUUACAAUAAAUGAAUGUAUUGAUAGAGAUUAACCUUUGUCAUAUUCUUUCUAUUUUUAUAAAAACUAAGAUGAUUAUAAUAAUGAAUUAUUAAAUGCUUAAUAUAUUCAUAGACAUUUAUUAUCUGAUUUCUCACCAAAUAAUAAUAUUAAAACUGUUUUACCUUUUGGCGCGUCUUUAAUUAUGGCAAUAAUAUAAGAUUCAAAAGGAGGAAUAAGAAAUAUAACUUAAUAAAUAACAGUAAGCCAAUAUAGUUAAGACAGUUCUUCUUAUUACACAUUUAUAAAUAAUUG